ACACUGAUAUAUCAGGAUGGCCUGCUGAUGUCGGGCUCCCUUGAGGCUUUGAUUCAGCACCUGGUACCAACGACGACCUAUUAUCCUGACAGGGCGUACAUCUUCGCCUUCCUGCUCAGCUCGCGUCUGUACGUGCGGCCGCACGCGCUCAUGCGCGACGUCUGCCAGGUCUGCUCCAGCCAGCAGAACCUCAGCAACGCGCUCAAGCGAGACAGCCUCAGCCUCGGCAAGUUCGGACUCAACAUGGUGCGCCUGCUCAGGUUGAGUGAGGUUAGGGUUAGGGUUAGGUGGACGCGCGACCAUCUCUCUUCAACGGAGGCGUUUCCGUACGACUUCCGGGACGAGCGUGUCAUGAAGCAGCUGAAGGAGAUCAUACACAGACUGUGCGUCGCUGACUGUAGCCUGCGGCCCAGCCUCAUGCAGAUACUCAACGCCCUGCUCGACUGCCUGACCGAUCUUGAUAAGUACGAGGUGCGGAUGCUGAAGACGUCUGAGGUUGCCCAGCGGCUGGUGGACACCGACAGCCUGCAGACGGACGUGCACGAGAUGUGCGAAUCGCCGGCAGUGUUGGCGGAGCAGCUAACGCAUAUCGAGUUGGAACGGUUGCGCCACCUGGGACCAGAAGAGUUCGUGCAAGCCUUCGCUGAGGAUUCCAAGUGUGCUGAGAUCACGGAGAUGAAGAAGACGAAGAACCUGGAAUACUACGCGAAGUGGUUCAACCGCCUUAGCUAUCUGGUCGCCACGGACAUAUGCCUGAACGUCAAGAAAAAACAACGAGCCAAAAUCAUCGAGUACUUCAUAGACGUUGCUAAGGAGUGCUUCAACCUCGGCAACUUCAACUCUCUCAUGGCGAUCGUUGCAGGAAUGAACAUGGCGCCCGUGUCGCGCCUAAAGAAAACGUGGUCGAAAGUGGACACGUCUAAGUUUGACAUUCUCGAGCACCAGAUGGACCCGGCGUCGAACUUCAACAGCUAUCGGGCGACGCUGCAGGCAGCCAUGUGGCGGUCGGAGGGUGGGCACAACGAUCGCGAGAAG